AGCUAUAAGAAAUCGUAGCUGUCACAAAAAAAAACCUGUCUAAAUUUUUUGAUUCUUGAUGGCCGGUUAUACAGCGCGUCUGAAGAAGGUCCUGAUCGUGACAGCGCCACUGUGGUUCAAAGCACUCAUUAAGAUCCUGCGUCUAUUCGUGCGAAAGAAGCUGCGCGAGCGAGUGUUCACUGUAUCGGUGCCUCAAUUGGCGCUGCCCCUUCACUUGGGUGGCACGCUGGAGGUCGAUCACGACACAUCGUUGCUCAGCUGCCGCCAAUCGAUGAUGAAUCGUGAGGACAAGCUGCUGGCCAAUAUCAUGGAUGUGAGCGAUGGAUCCGGAUCCAGUUCAGAAACUGGAUCAGAAAUUGUGUCCAACAAUAAAAAAACCAGGAUAAUCAGCGCCGUCCACCAGUUGGGCGAUAAUAAUACCGCGGACAACAACAGAACCAUCACGUACGCCACCACAGCCUCUGGAGCAGCUAACGGCGCCACCACCAAUGGGGGCAGACAGUUUUUGAACCCGCCCAGCAGCUCCUCAUCCGACAUGAGUAUCGAUGAUAGUACUGAUGGUCAGGAGGGCGAUUCCAAGUCCAUUCAUCAGAUUGUCCAGAUGGUGAAGCAGGGCGGACUCCGUGGUCUGUUUGAGGAGUACGCGGUCAUUCGGAAUAGGCCGCCCGAGGGCACCUUCUGGCAUUCGAGAAUGCAUGCCAAUCUGACCAAGAAUCGCUUCGCAGACGUCCUCUGCUACGAUCAAAAUCGAGUGGUUCUGACACACGAAGACGGCGACGAGGCGUCGGAUUACAUAAAUGCGAACUUCGUCGAUGGCUACAAAGAAAAUAGUGCCUAUAUAACAACUCAAGGUCCAUUACCAAACACAUGCAAGGACUUUUGGCGCAUGAUCUGGGAACAACAUUGUUUACUUAUAGUGAUGACGAUGCGCGUGGUGGAGCGCGGAUGUGUGAAAUGCGUCCAGUACUGGGAGCCGACUGAAGAAGGUUCCUUAGAGUUUGGCGACUACCAUGUGCGAACAAUUAGCGUUGAGUGCAACGAGGGCUACAUGGUUACCUCGUUAGAAUUGAGAAACAUAAAGACAGACGAAGUUCGCAAUGUCUCACACUGGCAGUUCACCAGCUGGCCGGACUAUGGCAUUCCCAGCUCGGCCAUGACCAUGCUGAACUUCGUGCAGAAGGUGCGUGAGAAGCAGGCGCAGGUCCUCGAAGGACUGGUCGACACCUGGGCGGGUCAUCCCCUUGGACCGCCCAUUGUGGUGCACUGCAGUGCAGGCAUUGGACGCUCAGGUACAUUCAUCACCCUGGCCACUUGCAUAUCGCGCCUGGAGGACGUGGGCACGGUGGACAUACGUGGAACCGUUGAAAAGAUCCGCUCGCAGCGAGCCCACUGUUUUCAGAUGCCCGAACAGUACGUGUUCUGCCACCUGGCCCUCAUCGAAUACGCAUAUUCGCGUGGAAUGCUAAAGCCGGCCGAUCUGGCUGGCUUCUAUCAGCAUGAACCGGACUUGGAGUAGGCUAAUACUACCAACACAGUCCUUGGACCGGAAAACGGACGAGGAACCAACUUGUAUACAGAAUAAUUUUAUGCUUUACCAUUGCAAAUUGGAGUUGCAACUUUCUUCGACUAGAUGUUGGUCUUGAUGUGAUAUAAUAUGAUAUAUAUGAUACGAGAGAAACGAUGGGGAGCACAAAUGGAUCCAGAGACACGGAGAGGGAGAUGAAGUUGUGGGGAGUAGAGUAACCAAUUUACGUUAAUCUUUUAUUUUUUAAAAUAUUAAUACAUACCAAGCAAAAAUUUCUAUGUUAAAACGUUACAUUAAUUAAAUUUAAAGUAAGUGAAAAACAAAUAGCAAAAAAUUA